CCAAAGAACCCUCCUUUCAGAGCAGAGCAUCUGGGCUCUCUCAAGCGUCCAGACAACCUCCUUACCGCUCGUCGUGACGUUCACGAACACAAGGCAUCUGAAGACUCUCUACCAGCAAUUGAAGACCAAGCAAUCAAAGACGUUGUCAAGAUCCAGGACCAAUGCGGUUUCCACGCCGUCAGCGAUGGAGAGUAUCGUCGUCACAUGUUCUGGGGCACUUUCNNUUUCCCUUCCCUCAAAGGAUUCACUGAAAUUCAGGGACCCGAUGCUGAUAUCUUCCGUCCUUAUGUGCCCGAUAUCGCUGCAUUCUUGGAGGCUGACCAUGUGCCUGGAGAGACUGUGAUCUGCACUGGCAAGAUCGAACAUACUGGAAAAAGCAGCUAUAUUGAACAAUUUGAGUACAUGAAGAGCAUCGUCCCCAAGGAGAAUUGGGGAAACAUCAAGCUCACGCUCGCUGCACCAAACUGGUAUCUCGACAGUUUUCUCGCCAUAUUAUACAAGACUGGCAAAGCUUACCCAAAGGAUGUGUACGCCAACGACCAAGAUUACUUCGCGGAUAUUGCAAAGGCGUACCAGACCGAGCUUCAGAUUCUCUACGACGCAGGAUUGAGAAACGCCCAAGUCGACGACCCCAACCUCGCCUACUUCUGCUCCGAAAAAAUGCUCGACGGCUGGGCAGCAGACAAAUCCAACACUCAAACCGCCGACGAACUCUUCGACGCCUACAUUUCCUUCUACAAUUCCUGUUUCCAACGUCCUUCCGACAUGCAUCUAGGAAUCCACCUCUGCCGCGGCAACUUUGUAAACUCGCGCCAUUUCAGUGAGGGAGGUUACGACCGCAUCGCCACCAAACUAUUCCAAAACCUCAAUGUUAGCACUUACUACCUCGAAUACGAUACCCCUCGUGCUGGUGGCUUUGAACCUCUGAAACACUUGCCCAAAGACAAAUUCGUCGUUUUGGGUGUGGUAACCAGCAAAUUCCCCAAGCUAGAGGACAAGAAGGAGAUGGUGNNGAGAGUGUUGCAAGCUGCGGACUUUGUCGCGCAGGGAAGUGGAGAGACUAGAGAACAGGCAUUGCAAAGAAUUGGUGUCAGCCCGCAGUGUGGAUUUGCUAGUCAUAGUGAAGGCAACCUAUUGACCUACGACGAUAUGGUAGAGAAGUUGAAGUUGGUUAGGGACAUUGCUGAUGAGAUUUGGCCCGGUGAGCCU